UUCCAGGGAGUGCGGAAGCAGAUUGGAAUUCCAGCUCCAGCUCAAAGAAAACCGGGUGGCACGUUGCAAAUCCGAGUUCACCCCGGCACAGGUCUCAAGCGCUUCAGUAAAGAAACUAGCCCUGCACCGCUCAGCGCCGGGUUCCCUCUGUACCGAAGUCGGUGGCGCCCUUGAUAAUCUUAUUUUCGAACCGCAGGUCCUGUUAAAGCCUGAGUCUGUGAGCCAUGGGCACUGGAAUGAGUAAGGUUUUAGAUGGCCUCUAUCUUGGAAAUAUUAGAGACUCCCAGGACAAAGAUAACCUGGUAAAAAAUGGAGUUUCCCAUGUCUUGUCUGUCUGCCACAAUGCCAAGCCUGUACUUGAGGACAUGACAUACCUUUGUAUUGCUGCAGCUGAUUCUUCAAGCCAAAAUCUGAUGCAAUACUUUAAGGAGUGCAUUAAGUUUAUCCAUGAAUGUCGAAUGGAAGGAGGAGGGUGCAUUGUUCAUUGUUUAGCUGGAGUUUCACGCAGCACAACAGUGGUGGUGGCUUACCUCAUGACUGUAACUGACUAUGGCUGGGAAGAAUGCUUGUCUGCAGUGAAGGCUGCCCGAUCGUUUGUCAGCCCAAACUUUGGCUUCCAGCAACAGCUCCAAGAAUUUGAAGCAACUCUUGUCAAAGAGUAUCGGAGAUGGCUUCGCGCGGAAUAUGGUGAAAAUCGUUUUAAUGACAAGCAGGAGGUUGAAAACCUGCUGUCUCAGUACAAUGAACACCAAAAGCAACAGCAGCUGAGACUUGGGGAGCGUCACUGGACAAACCAUGCAUCGACGGUCUAUCCUCUCCCUUACAAUGCCUAUGGCAGUACAAGUCGCAGCUGGGUGAACAGAUAAGAGGAGCACCAGAGAAAUACUGCUGAAUCAUUUUAUUCAUUUGUAAAUCAGCAAGAAUAUAUCCAGCCAUAUGUACCAACUGUGCAAUAUGAAGUAGGAGAAAGACAUAUAAUUUAUAUACCAUUGUUUCUCCUUUUCCUAUUUAUCAUUUUCAAUUUUGUUUCAUUAGCUACAGUGUGCAAGUUGUGCCUUUCUUUAAACUAAGUGCCUAAUUAAGACUGCAGUGUUAAAUUGUGCUGCGUUGGAUUUGUUUGGCACCUCCCUUUCAUUCAGAACAGUUGCUUGCUGCAGUAAUUUUGGGCAGUGCCAUUUCGGGCUAUAAAUUAUUUAACAAUCUAUAAAGUUGCUACUUUUACCUACAGGCAUUGACAAUGUUGUUAAAUGGACAUAAAAUCAUAUAAGAUUUUUUCAGUGUUGCUUACAUCAGUAAUUGUUUACUUUUACUCAUUAAGCUAAUUGAAUUUUAAAGUGAUUAAAAAAAAUGGAAAAUUG